CCUGGUCACCGUCCCUGGAAUGAUGCAGCCUCUCCUGCUCCUGCUGGCCUUUUUACUGCCCCCCAGGGCAAAGGCAGGGCAGAUCAUCGGGGGACACGAGACCAAGCCCCACUCCCGCCCCUACAUGGCUUUCGUUCAGUUUCUGGCGAAUGAGAGACAGUACAGGUGUGGCGGUGUCCUUGUGCGAAAGGACUUUGUUCUGACAGCUGCUCACUGCUGGGGAAGCUCAAUCAGUGUCACCCUGGGGGCCCACAACAUCCAGGAGCAGGAGAAGACUCAGCAGGCCAUCCCUGUGAGCAAAGCCAUCUGCCAUCAGGACUACAAUUCUAAGAAUUUCUCCAACGACAUCAUGUUACUAAAGCUGGCAAGAAAGGCCAAGCAGACUGCAGCUGUGAGGCCCCUCAGCCUGCCCUGGGGCAAGGCCCAGGUGAGGCCCGGACAGGUGUGCAGUGUGGCCGGCUGGGGGCAAGUCUAUCAGAAGGGCCCAUACUCAGACACACUGCAGGAGGUGGAGUUGACCAUACAGAAGGACCAGGAGUGCGAAUCUCACUUACGCAAUUAUUACAACAGUACCAUUCAGCUGUGCGCGGGGGACCCGAAGGAAAAGAAGUCUUCCUUUAAGGGGGACUCCGGGGGCCCUCUCCUGUGUAAGAACGUGAUCCAGGGCAUUGUCUCCUAUGGACGAAGUGACGGGUCACCUCCACGGGCCUACACCAAAGUCUCGAGUUUCCUGCCCUGGAUAAAGAAAACCAUGAAAAGCCUCUAACUGCAGGAACCAGACCAUCUUCUCUGAAGCUCACCCAAAAUCACACCAGAAACUAAAUAAAUGUCUCUUAGCUGAGUGGGAAGGGCUGGUUUCUUGUUGAUUC